UCUUCUCAUUAACCCUUGGGUGGGGUCAACAAACCAUGGUUAAAAAAAAACACAGCAAAAAGAAACACACAUUAUGGUUAAGAAGCUCAACCACACAAGCUGGAUUUCUCAUUAUCAACAGUCUUCACUCCUCAUCAUCGCCUUCCUUCUCCUCCACCCUCUGUUCCCCCUUCACCUAAAAAAUACUAAUAAAAAAUUAUAUUUCGAAAUCAGGGGAAAAAAUUAUCAAAAAACCCAAAUCCCCAAAGAUUUCAGCUUUUUAAGUAAAAAAAUAAAAAAAAUAAAAAACCAGAUUUGGUCUUUUACUCUCCAUCGCUCCCUUUUGCUCUGCUUCUUUAAAACCCUAGAUGUUUGAGCCAUGGAGAUAGCUCCUAUGGUUACUGCCACGACAACCACUACUAAUACCGUCACCAUACCCGACCCGGACUCUCCAGACCACGAAAUCGGAGCCCCGACACGGUUCCAGCCCGCCAAGCCCAUCUCCUUCUCCAAUGGCAAACGCCACCACCACCCGGCGUUAGGACCGGUGACCUACAGAGAAUGUCUGAAGAACCACGCCGCCGGAAUUGGCGGCCACGCCCUCGACGGCUGCGGUGAGUUCAUGCCGUCGUCUUCGACCGAUCCCAACGAUCCGACCUCCCUCACCUGCGCCGCCUGCGGCUGCCACCGUAACUUCCACCGCCGCGACGACCCAUCUUCCUCCCCCGCCGCCGCCGUCGAGUUCCGGCCGCAGAACCGCCACCAUCCGAUGCCUCCGCUCCCGCUCCCGCCGCCGGUCCGCAGCCCGGACGACGACUCCGCCUCCCCUCCUCCGAUCUCCUCCUCGUACAUGCUCCUCUCUCUCUCCGGAGGGAGAAACUCCUCCGGCGGAGGAGCGACGGCAGUGGCUCCGGGGACGCAUAAGAGGUUCAGGACGAAGUUUAGCCAGUACCAGAAGGAGAGGAUGCUGGAAUUCGCGGAGAGGUUGGGGUGGAGGAUGCCGAAGGCGGCGGAGGACGCGGGGGUGAGGGAGUUCUGCCGUCAGAUCGGAGUGGAAAAGGGGGUUUUCAAGGUGUGGAUGCAUAACAACAAGAACAACGGACGCGGAGGAGCUCGGAGGGGCUUCACCUUGAGCGGCGGCGGAGUUGUCGCCGGAGACAGUCGUGAGAAGGUGGCGGAGAGUGAUCAUGACGGCGGUACGGCGGCUGAGGGAUCAUUUUCCUCGUGAAAACGUCGCCGUUCUAAGGCGAACUCAUUUGAUUUCUCCGUUUCACCUGAAAUUUGUGUUUUUUUUUUUUGUUUGUUGUCGUUGUCGUCGUUAAUUUUUUUUUAGAAUUAGGGUUCAAUUAAUGUUGACUGCUGUGUCCUUUUUUGUUCAGAAACAGGGAUUUCAUUUGUGUUUUUCGUUUCUCUUA